AUGGUUUUCAAGCCCUUCAAGCCUCCUUUGAUCAGGAAAGCAGACACUUCGUUAUCCACGAAUGACUCAACAGAUCCCCCUACGAAAAGGCCUCGUCUGUCAAAAGAUGAUGUGAGCGCCGAGCAACCAUUGCCAUCCGUAUCGUCACCCAGUAGCCGGAAACCGCUUUUACAAGUUAAAAAUGUGGGCCAAGAAUCUUCAGCCAGGGCGUCGGCCAACCCAACACCCCAGGAUAAGGCGAUCUACGAGAGAUUCUUCAACGCGCUAUGUCUGAAAAUAACACAAUUUUCUGUAAAGGCGGAAACCAACAGCAAAGAAGAACAAGACGUGGGACGGAGAUGGAUACUCGCCGUUCGGAGUGGCUUUCUAUACCUUCGCGACGUGGGAGGCAAAGAUAUGGGACGGGUGGCAUACGAAUCGGAGCUUGAGCCCGGUAAAAUGCUCUACAUCGCCGGCAAAGAAGUUGAAAUAGACUCCGAGAUUCCACGAAACGAGUACCUGGCAGCCAAGCAGAGCUUUAGUGAUUCGAAGCCCGCCGCUGGGUCUACCAAAACCCCUGCAAAAACAUCACUCCCGACCAUGACGAGGAGAGAGCCACAGAAACGGCUACUACCGACAGGACCGAGCUACACUGCGUCCAUCAAAGGCGAAGUGUCUACUUCCGAUGGGACCUCCACCGGCAAGCCAGCAAAGAGACUGGGAGCGUACAAAAGACCGCUUCUUGAUAAUAACACGAACACGUCGACAAGUCUUGGAACCGUCACUCCGCGGCACGACCCACUCGCCAAAGGGGCUUUGGUCAUGCCUCGCCCACAGUCUGCACCUCCAGGCAAGCAAAUUGUCGACGUAGUGGUUGAUCCACUGCUCACCAAAAGCCUACGGCAACAUCAGCGCGAGGGUGUCAAAUUUCUUUACGAGUGUGUGAUGGGGAUGCGCGACUUCAAUGGCGAGGGCGCCAUCUUGGCGGACGACAUGGGCUUGGGCAAGACUUUGCAGACAAUAGCCUUGCUGUGGACAUUGCUCAAGCAGAACCCUAUUUACGGCGAGCCCCCCGUUAUCAAGAAAGCCCUCAUUGUUUGCCCCGUGACUCUGAUCAACAACUGGCGCAAAGAGUUCCGCAAGUGGCUGGGCAAUGAGAGACUUGGUGUUUUCGUCUUUGACGACAAGCGGAAACGUCUGACCGAUUUUACCAAAGGCAAAGCAUAUAGUAUUAUGAUUGUCGGCUAUGAGAAGCUGAGGACUGUGCAGGAAGGCUUGUCCAGGGGUGUUGGCGUUGAUAUUGUCAUUGCAGAUGAGGGACAUCGCUUGAAAACUUUGCAAAACAAGAGUGGCCAAGCGAUUCAAUCCCUUAAUGCAGCGAAAAGAGUGAUUUUAUCUGGAACUCCAAUUCAGAAUGAUUUGAAGGAAUUUUUCGCUGCCGUCGAUCUGGUCAAUCCUGGUGUCUUGGGCAAUUUCAAAUCGUUCAUCCGGGAGUUUGAAACUCCCAUUGUACGAAGUCGACAACCCGAGGCCACCAAGAAGGACGUUGAGAAGGGUGAAUCUCGCAGUGAAGAACUCCGAGAGUUGACUUCCAAAUUCAUUCUUCGCAGAACAGCCGACAUCCUGUCCAAGUACCUUCCGCCGAAAUCAGAAUAUGUUCUCUUUUGCAAACCGACCCGUGUCCAGGCGAACAUCUACAAGGCUGUGCUUCAAUCGCCCAUUUUCCAAACGGCGAUGGGCAACGCAGAAAGUGCCCUUCAGCUCAUAACCAUCCUGAAGAAGCUGUGCAACAGUCCCUCUCUUCUUUCUGCGAAGAAUACCGAUGAUUCACCAAACGAAACAAUCAGUGCUCUUCUGGCUUCACUACCUCCAAAUCUCGUGCGUCAGUUCUCGGCGUCCGCAAGUUCGAAAAUUCGCGUUCUAGAUCAGAUCCUUGACAGUUUACAUGCGAAGACGUCUGAAAAGAUAGUUCUCGUGUCAAAUUACACCUCAACCUUGACCCUCCUAGCAACCCUACUCACAUCCCUCGGUCUCCCAUUCCUUCGUCUGGACGGCAGCACGCCUGCUCAAAAGCGUCAGCCACUUGUGGAUGAUUUCAAUCGCCUCCCCGCGGAGGCCUGUUUUGCCUUUCUACUCUCUGCCAAGGCAGGGGGUACCGGUCUGAAUCUCAUAGGCGCUAGUCGAUUGAUUCUCUUCGAUGUAGACUGGAACCCUGCUACGGAUAUCCAAGCAAUGGCACGCAUCCAUCGCGAUGGUCAGAAGAACCACUGCCGCAUUUACCGGGUUGUUCUGAAGGGGAGCUUGGAGGAGAAAAUCUGGCAGCGCCAGGUGACCAAACUCGGCCUGGCAGACAGCGUCAUGGAGCACAAAGAUAGUGUGUCACAGUUUUCGACGGCCGAAUUACGAGAUCUUUUCCGUCUUGAUGAGGAAAGCACUUGCCAGACACAUGAACUUUUGGGAUGCGAUUGUGGUGGAAAGGGAAUCGCACCAGUUCUGUCGGGAACCACGACACCCAAAGAGAAUCUUGACACUGACCUCUCGGAACUGAGUGACCCACCGUCCGAACUGGACGAUGAGGGAGAGGAUGAAGACGAUGACGAGGAUCUACCGGAUUUGCCCACUCUCAUGAAGGCUUCAGAAGUGGACAUGGAGAAGCAAGAACGGGACAUUCGCGAAAAGUCCCGUCGUAGACAAACGACAAGCCACCGUGGUGGUAAGACCAGGUCCAAAUCGCAAAAGGACAAGAUGCACCAAUCUCUGGCGCAAUACGCUCAUGUCGACCCCUCUCUUCUGUGCGGCGACAAUGAUGACGAGAAUGAGAUUGCAGCCGCAGUCGACGAUGAUAUUCUUGUCGACUUGCUCAAAGAUGAGUGUAACCAGAUCGGGUACCUGUUUAAGAAAACGAGCGGAGCACAGGUUGAACUUCCACCUGCUGUUGUUCUGGACGCUUAG